UGUUACCUUAAUUCUUCCCUGCACAUAUUUUUUCACACCAUAAGGCAAAGAAGUCAAAAAUAAUGAAAAAACUAAUCCUCUGUGUGGGGCUAGUCUGUGUUGACGUUGUUGCUGAAACUGAAGGGUUUCCAGUUGAAGACAGUGAUCAAAGGAUUCCAGACCUCUCAUACAGAAGAGGUGGAAAUGCCUCCAACUCAAGUACUGUUUUGGCUCAGUUGGGGAUGCAAUCAGAGUUUUUGGGGACACUUACCAAUUCAAUGCAACUUGGUUUCAUCCGUGAAGAUUUUUCUAAGCACUCUGUUACAAUUGAACAUUGCCCUAUUUUUCCUGAUUGUGAAUUCCCAACAUCUGUUGUAAUUAUUAAUACCAUUAAUGGUACACGGACCAUUUUACAUCAUCCAAAGAAUUUACCAGAAUUGGAUAUCCAACAUUUCAGCAAUCUUGAUCUUACUAACUAUUCAUGGGUUCACUUUGAGGGAAGGAGUGCCAAUAUUGCCAACAUCAAACAAAUGAUAAGAACCGUGCGAGAACGUUUAGAAUGUAUAAAAGUAUCUGUCGAAAUUGAAAAAGCACGCCCUGCCCUUGAUGAGCUCCUCCCAUUGGCAGACGUGGUUUUCGUAUCUAAGGAAUAUGCCUACUUUUCUGGCUUCCGGACAAUGGAAGAAGCAGUCAAAGGAUUUCUGGAUGUAACCAAACCAGGAACGAUUGUCGUUUGUGCUUGGGGAUCAAAGGGAGCGGCUGCUGGACAGAAUGGUUCGGUGGUAUGCCAAAGUGCGUGUCCACCGGUUGAGAUUGUUGACACACUCGGAGCUGGCGACACAUUUAACGCGGCUUUCAUCUAUAGCCAAGUCAACCUGUGGGAUUGGAAGAGGGGGCUCGAGUUCGCUUGCCAGGUUGCCGGUAGCAAAAUUGGUCAAAAAGGAUUUCAAGGAAUUGCACGGUUUAAGCACCCGGUAGAAGCAUUACUUAAAUCUCAACAGCAAAAAAGUCUGGAAAGGAGCCGCCGUCAGCCGCACGUUUACAACUUCGGAGAACGUAUUCCUUCACCAUUUUUCUCAAGUGAUCAUCGUUUCCGCACCAUGUCUUAUCACGAUGAAUCGGACGAGUACCCGGAUGGGGCGGUUCGCCUUCGCAAUCCCAACAUUGAACUGAUGGACCAGGAUAUUCUUUACCACUUGGCGCUGGGAAGCGGAAGUCAUGACCUUCACCAAAUGUUUGGCGACGUUAAGUUUGUUUGCAUGGGAGGCACUCCGAAGCGGAUGGAACAGUUUGCCAACUUUAUUAUGGAAGAGAUUGGCUACAAACUACCAGCUGGAACGACUUUGUUGGACAUCUCACAGUAUUCAUAUCGAUAUUCGAUGUACAAAGUCGGGCCUGUCCUUUCAAUUAGCCAUGGAAUGGGUAUUCCAUCAGUGGGAAUUCUGCUUCAUGAAGUAAUUAAGCUGAUGUAUCACGCUCGUGUCAGGGACCCCGUCUUUUUCCGUUUGGGAACAUGUGGUGGCAUUGGCUUAGAUGGUGGGCAUUUGGUCAUCACGGAUGAAGCCGUCGACGGCAUGAUGAGACCCUACCUUGAAUUGCCAGUUUUGGGCAAAUUGGUUCAAAGACCAUCCAAGCUUGACGUGGAGCUGGCCGAAGAAUUGCAAUCUCUGUCGACUCAAGAUGAUCCGUUUGAGACGCACGUCGGCCGAACUAUGUGCACUUACGAUUUCUACGAAGGACAGGGACGUUUAGACGGAGCAUUUUGUGAUUACACAGAAAAGGAGAAAUUGGAAUUUUUGCACAAGGUCCAUGGCAAUAAUGUCCUUAAUAUGGAAAUGGAGUCCUUGGCCUUUGCUGCCCUCACCCACCAUGCUGGCAUCCGUGCUGCAGUCAUCUGUGUCACACUGCUCAACCGCCUUAAUGGUGACCAGGUGGCCUCAAGCAAAGAAGUUCUAAACGAAUGGCAAAAUCGACCGCAGGCGAUCGUUGCGCGUUACAUAAAAAAGCACAUGGGCAUGACCGGUCCAGCUCCUCGUCCGCCUCCACCCGGACCAAAGACCGUAGUGAACUCGAAGAAAUUGAAAUUUGUUCGUGAGGAAUCUCAAAGCUAUGAAUAGGACGCACAGGGUUCCAAAGGGAAACGGACCUUGGCGGUAUACCCGAAAGAAAUCAAGAAUAUUCGAUCAAUUAUCAUGCCAGAAUCAAGAAUCCAAUCAGUAUUUUAUUCGCAUUUGAUUAUACGGGAAAUGCUAAACCGGUCGCGUUUAUCUUGUUUCGCUGCGAGAUCAACACUUGCAUUACGUAGUUAAUCAAUUUGUCGUUAGAGAGCGUGUUAUUUAGUAACUCUUGUAUUCAAAAGUUUUCAAAUGUGUUUCUUUUGUACACAACGAAAGCUCUUUCCCUAUUCUGAAUGUCGUAGUCCUCGAGUCCUGUAAAAAUGUGGUCCUUCUUAAUUGGAAUGGGAUUCUUGUUAAUUAUUUUUUUUUUUUGCGCACUCGACAUUACCGCGUUUAGUUCUUGUUUAAAAGGCGAAAUUACCUGAGCAAUGUUUGUUCCAUACAAUAACAUUCCGAACUUGCGGAACAAGCGGUCUUCUUCGCUUUUGUCUAAAAGCAAAUCAAAGAUGAUCGCCACAUUCCGUUAACGUUGAACUGUUCUAUUUGAUUGCAACUGCUCUUUGGCUAUUGAAGUUUUAGAGCGUUGUUCGUUUUCUUAUUGGCAUCUUUAAAGCAUUUUCGUGUAUUCCAUGGUGUUUCCUAUCAAUUACAAAAGAACAAAAAAAGAAAAAAAAAAAAAAAAACAAUUUAGAGGCAGCCUUUGAUGUAUAGCAUACGUCCGUUUCGUCGUGCAUCCGAUUUCCCAUCGAAACGUAGCGAAAGGGUUUUUUAUUAUCGUCUGGAUGUUCAAUGUGUACGCAUAUGUCUGUGUAUGGGUGGGUGUAGGUUUAGAGAUGUUAUCUCUUCUCCUUUUUCCUGCAUUCUUAACGUCUCUGACAAAACGCAUCCGUUACAUCAGUCGUGUUGACUCAACUUCUUUUCCCUUUUUACCAACUAAUGUUAUGGAAAUGGUAAAAAAUUAAGCCACAAGAAGGAAGGAACUAAAGAAAAACCACAAUAAGAAAUGCGAACAUUUUUUUUUUCUUAUCUUAAUAUUCUUUGCGUGCUUGACGUUGCACAGUGUUUUCUCAAUGGAUGUCGCGUAAUAAUAAUAAACGGACCGCAUUCAAAUCUAUAUCGUGACCCACUUUAAUGUAUUUUUAUUUAUUUAUUCCCCGAGGUGAGAUGAUGAUAUCUCCUGUGUCGAGAGUUUCUCUCUCUUUCUCCCUUAAAUUCUGUACAUCAUUCACCGCAUUUUGUGUCGUCCCGUCAGCUCUACUCGGCAUUAUACACACACCCACUCCUACGUACUUCCAACACAGCUUGCGCAUUGCUAGCUAUGUACAAUAAUAUUCUGCGUGUGUAUAAAUGCUUGUAUUACUUUGACCGGUCGUGACAGUACACCAUCGAUCAAACAAGAAGCCGGGAGAACGAAGAUCUUGAACGCAGGAAUGUGCAUCUUGAAUUUAUUUUGGUAGAUUUUUUGUGAUGUUUAUUCUUUGUUCUUUUUUUGCGAAAAGAAAACAGAAAAAAUAAGAAGCCAGAUUUUCAAUUUUAAAUGUUUGUAUGUAUUUGAAAAAAUUGGGUAAUGAGGUGGCUACAUUUAAAUUCUUGUUUUUAUUGGCUGCCUCGGUAUUUUCUUAAAUGGUUUCAUAUUUUGUUUUAUUGUUUUUGUAUUGUCGUUUAAGACUUGCUAGAGGUUAGUUGCGCCUGCGCAAGGCAACAAUACACGAAUUUGAUAUGAAGGAAGACGAGGAGGAAUGAAAAAAAAGUGAAGGAUUGGAGAGACGUGUAAGAUGAUAGUAGUUGCAGGAUACUGCGGAUUGCGGAUUAGAGGAAUAUGGCAUCCACAGACCCCAUGGUUGAAUGUUCAGAUUAUUCUCUUCUUCUGCUUUGAUUGGAGGGGCUAUGCAUCGGCUGCCUUAUCAAAGACGCCGGAUGACACAAACAUGUCGAUUGUCUUCUGUUUCUCCCUCCUAUCGAACAACAGCUCCAAGAAGAAGAAGUGGGACAAAAGAGAGACACAUGUGCCAUUACAGUCGCCAUCAGCAGAUUGCAAUUCCCUCUCCCUCUGUGUGACGGAUAUGUACAAAAGCGCAUUCUUUUUUAAAUGAUGAAUAAUAAGGGGGAGGGACUGGCUCACACGCAACGCAAAAAAAGG